AUGAACCUUAUCACAAUUGUUUCGUUAUUCGUUUAUGUAGCUGUUACUACAUCAGUUAUUCUUCCUGAAUUACAUGUUAUCAAACGUAUAUCAUUUAAAUAUCCAUACAGUUGUCAACCGGGCCCAUUAAGUUAUGAAGGUUGUGCUCUAUUCAUUACCGACUAUGGUGUAUCACGAAAUAUGCCUGAUCUUUUAUAUAAUGGUGCUUGUGGUUCUGACAAUACCUUUGAUGUGAUGUUAUCUGGUGACAAUUUUGGUAUGUUAAGCGACUUAGGUGAUGUGCCACUGGAAAAUGUAACAGCAUCAAAAGCUUUCAAUUACGAAAAUAUGGCUGGACAAGAUAACCAAUUCUUUAGCAACAUCAACGUAGUCAAAGGGCAUACCUAUGCCGCACUUUUAGCUAAAGAAGAAAUUCGAGCAUUAUUUGUGUUUCGUGUUGAAAGCUAUGAAAAAAGUGGUCCCGCUACAAUUGCUUAUGCUGUUAAGCAAUAUGGUGUCGUUCAAUCAGUUCAAGAAGCACCUGGUUUUUCUUGGGUUGAACCAAAUCAUUGA